CAGGUAAAGAAGAAGGUAGGUAAACGCAAAGUCUGGCUUGAGCCAACCAUCGUGGAAAAUUCAGAGCGCAUUCUCAUGCCAUUUUGCUCCGCUCUUCUUUUCGGACUGAAACUUGUGGGGAUAUACGGAAGUUACGGGAGCCCGCGGGGGUUUGUUUGGAGCCGGGGGUAGAUUCAAGGGAGGUACUGAUCCUAUCAUGGAAAAAUUUAACGAGAGUUUAUGGUUCGACAAGCGAAUGUGGGCACAGGAUAUUCGUGGAUCCGUUGCGUACGCCAAAGCCAUCGGUAAGGUAGGCAUAAUUACCCAAGAAGAAGUGAACCUUAUCGUUGAAGGACUUGGAAAGGUCCACAAAGAAUGGGAAGAAGGAAAAUUCGAAACAAAGCCCGGAGACGAAGGUACGUGAGCGCUAGUUUGAGUCCUUUAUGGGCGCAUGCUUCUUUUCUUCCUGGACUUUUGAUUUCUUAUUCUUUCUUUUUUGCUCUUUUACAGAUAUCCAUACUGCGAAUGAACGACGACUCACCGAAAUCAUCGGUCCGACCGGUGGUAAGCUGCAUACCGGCAGGUCUCGAAAUGACCAAGUCGCAACAGAUACACGUCUGUGGGCCGUUGAAGCAGAACGAGACGUUUUGAAGGACAUGGGCAUCCUCCUUUCUGCCGCAGCCAAUUUUUCGAAGGAAUACAUCGACGUCCUCAUGGCAGGUUACACUCAUUUACAGCCUGCACAGCCAAUCCGAUUUUCUCAUUGGCUGAUGAGUCACGUAACUCCUCUGGUGAGAGAUGCGGAGCGCUUGAAGGAAAUUAUUCCUAGAACCAAUCGAUGCCCUCUUGGUUCUGGCGCUCUGGCUGGUAACGCUUUCGGAGUAGACAGAGAAUAUCUUGCAAAAGAACUCGGGUUCGAAGGAGUAACGGCGAAUUCUUUGGAUUCGGUUUGCGAUCGUGACUUUGUUGUAGAAUUCCUCAUGUGGCACGCAUUGAUGCUCACCCAUAUCAGUCAAUUCGCAGAGGACGUAAUUAUCAACAACUUGCUAAAGUGUAUUGAUAUGGACGACGCGUAUGCGACCGGUUCCUCUCUCAUGCCACAAAAGAAAAAUCCAGAUGCACUGGAGCUCCUACGAGGAAAGGCUGGAGUUGCUCUCGGAAAAGCCGUCGGGCUGACAGCUACUCUCAAAGGGCUUCCUCGCGCAUACAACAAAGAUUUACAGGAAGAUAAACUUCUCUUGUUUGCUGCCAUGGACACCGUCAAGGAUUGUUUGGCGAUUGCGACCGGUGUGAUUGUUACAAUGAAACCUAAUCCUGAUAAGCUUAUCCAAGCACUCAGUCCUGAAAUGCUAGCAACCGAUUUGGCUGAUUAUUUGGUCCGCAAAGGAGUUCCAUUCCGUGAAACUCACCACAUCAGCGGUGCUUGUGUUAGACUAGCAGAGGAGAAAAAGGUAUCUAUCGAUACUCUUUCGCUCGAAGAACUCAAGGAGAUCGAUGCUAGGUUCGAAGCAGAUGUCACGAAGGUCUGGGAUUACGAAGUUAGUGUCGAAAGAAAGAGUUCAAUUGGAGGGACUGCAAAAGCUUCCGUCUUGAAACAAAUCGAGGAUGUCCUCGCCUUUGCGAAGACAUUAGAAUAAAUCGAAGUAAGAAAAUCAAAAUAGUCGC